AUGAGGUGUCUGUACUAAAAAGACUCCAGAGGAGCCGUCGUCCCUGCUGUACAGAGGCGGGUCUGAGGCUCGGCGACGCCACCCGGGGUGACACGCGCCAGGGCCGGUAAGAGAUUGCUGUGACGGGCUCCCUGCCUCAGUUUCCUGCCGUUCCUGGCCCCUCUCUGCCGGCAGCGUCCGAUGGCGACAGCCACGCUGACGGACGAGGCUCAGGGCACUGUGACCUUUGAAGAUGUGGCUGUGCACUUCUCCUGGAAGGAAUGGGGUCUCCUUGAUGAGGCUCAGAAACGCCUGUACCAUGAUGUGAUGCUGGAGAACUUGGCACUUAUUACCUCCCUGGGAUGUUGGUGGGGAGCAGAGCAUGAUGAGACAACUUCUCAGCAGAGUGUUUCUGCACAAGGAUUGUCACAAGUCAGGACUCCCAAGGCCCAUCCUUCUCCCCAGAAGGCCAACCCCUGUGAGAUAUGUGGUCCAGUCUUGAAAGAUAUUUUGCACUUGGUUGAGCACCAGGGAUCACAUUAUGGUCAGAAACCAUACAUAGAUGGGGCAUGUGAGAAAUGGUUACAAUUCACUACAUACCUUCAUCAGCACCAGAAGCAGCACAUUGGAGAGAAACCCUUCAGAAGCAACAUGGGAAAAGACUCAUUUCUUAACAGCAGCCAAUUCCAUGUAUCUGGGAAGCUCUUUACCUGCAGGGAGGUUGGUAAGGACUUCCUGGUCAGCUCAGGAUGUCUCCAGCAACAGGCUCCUCACAAUGAGAGUGCAGUGGCUUCUGAAAGUGUAAAAAGUCAUUACAACUGGAGAGAAUGCGUGAAAGCUUUCAGCUACAAACAUGAACUUGUUCAGCACCAGAGAGUCCUCAGUAGGGAAAGAUGUUAUGAGUGCAAUGCAUGUGGGAUAUCCUUUAGGACAAGCUAUAGCCUCAGUGAUCAUUCAAGAGUUCAUACUUCAGAAAAGCCUUACGAAUGUGGGGAAUGUGGGAGAUCCUAUAGGCAAAGCUCUAGCCUCAUUACACACCAAGAAGACCACAUUCAAGUAAAACCUCAUCAGUGUGAUGAAUGUGGUAAAUUAUUUAGCAGGAAGUAUAACCUCAUUAUACAUCAGAGAGUUCACACUGGUGAAAGACCUUAUGAGUGCAACGAGUGUGGAAAAUCCUUUAGCCGUACUUCUGGCCUUAUUACACACCAGAGAGUUCACACUGGUGAAAGGCCAUAUGAGUGCAGUGAGUGUGGGAAAUUCUUUAGCUGUAGCUUUAGCCUCAUUACACACCAGAGAAUUCACACUGGAACAAGACCUUAUGAGUGCAGUGAGUGUGGGAAAUCCUUUACCUAUAGCUCUAGCCUCAUUACACACCAGAGAGUUCACACUGGAACAAGGCCUUAUGAGUGCAGUGAGUGUGGGAAAUCCUUUAUCCAAAGCUCUGCACUCCUUAAGCAUCAGAGAGUUCACACUGGAGAAAGGCCUUAUGAGUGCAGUGAAUGUGGGAAAUCGUUUCGCAGGAGCUGUCACCUCAUUAGACACUGGAGAAGUCACACAGGGGAGAGGCCUUAUGAGUGCAGUGAAUGUGGGAAAUCCUUUAGCCAGCGUGCUAACCUCAAUUAUCACCAGAGAGUUCACAGUGGGGAAAGGCCUUAUGAGUGUGCUAAAUGUGGGAAGUCCUUUAACUUCAACUCUGAUCUUGUAAAACACCAGAGUAUUCACAAGGGAUAAAAAUUUUUAGGUAACACAGGUAGGGUUGUUAUGGACUAAACGGUGUCCUUGCAAAUAUUAUGUUCAAUUAUUAACCCCCAGUAUGGCUGUACUUGUGGAUAGGGCCUUUAAGGAGGUAAGUGAGGUUGAAGGGAGUCAUAAGGAUGGGGCCCUAGUUGAAUAUGACCAGUGUCCUUAAAAGAAGAGGAAGAGACACCAGAGGGCUGUCUCUGUGUACAUGCACAGAGGAAAGGCCGUGCAACCGUACAGCAAGAAGAUGACUGUCUGCAAGUCAAGAAGAGUGCCCUCACCAGAUUCUGACCAUGCUUAUUUCCUGACCUUGGAAUCCCACCAUCAGGACUGUAAUAAAAUAAAUUUUCUUGUUUAAGCCACCAA